UUGCAUCUAAAAUGGCGCCAUAGAAAACCUAAGGUUCUCAAAUUACCAACCAGAAUCCCCUACUCAUCUUCUAUCUUCGUCUAUCUCCAGAGAAUUUCAUUGUUACUUCAGAUCUGAUUAUUUCGCUACCGUUUAAUGCUCUCGGUUUCUUCUCCGUUCAUCGUUAAAACAAAAGGCUAACCCCAUUGAAGCCAUAACGGAUAAAAAAUGGAAAUGGAGGGCUUAUCCGCUAUCUGUGCGGGUCUAGGCCUCGCGGCGGAGGACGAUGGUGGCAUGCGGAUCGGAUAUGUUAAGGAUGAAUAUUGCCUAGAUAAUUUGAAGGAUUUGCUGAGGUUUUUGAGGCGUGACGAUCCUCAAACACGUGAAGUGUUUAAGCAAGUCUGCAAAUGGAAUAUUGUGUCAAAGGAUUUGAUACCAAUCAUUGAACACUACCAAGACGAUCGCAAUUUGGUACUGAAUGCUGUGAAGAUAUUGGUGUUUCUUACCAUGCCUAUUGAGCCUUCUUCAAAUGACAUUCCGCUACAGAUAGAGUACCUCUGGGGGUUGAAGUCUUCAAUCACCCAUUCUAACACUGUUGCAGUGGUAGUUUCUCUACUUGAAGGACCGCUUGAAAAUUUGGAAUGUGAAGCAUUUACAGAGGAUAACUGGAAACUAGCCCAGCUAGUACUCACUUUAUUCAGGAACAUUCUUGCCAUCCAAGAAAUUUCAUCAAUUCAGAAGGCUGGAGGAUCCGCCUUCCAAUACUUGUCACUCAGAGAUAGAUUUCUCGAGCUUUUGUUUCAUGAGAAUGUGAUGGACUUAAUAAUAGUUGUGACUCAGCAUAUUGGUGGUUCGUCCGGUUAUUUUCAUGAAGAUAACUUGCUUUUAUUAGAAAUUUACCAUUACAUAUUUUUGGGUCAAGACUCAGAAUUAAUUGCCAAAGCUCAUUCAGAGGGCUCCAAGGUGAGGGAAGACAACAAAGCAUCUCUUGAUGGCCUGAAGUCCAUUAUGGAAGAGGAACAAGAGAAAAGAAAGCAUUCCAGACUCCAGAAUAUGAAUCGUCAUUCGCAGUUUACUGGAACAUUUACAAGGCUUGCAGUGGAUGGUUCUAAAGCAGUGUUCAAAGGAAAUCCCUCUUCUGUUUCUCUAAGUAGCACAGUUAAAUCACAUAAAGGUCAUAGGCCUAGUAAAAGGAUUGUUCAGGAAACAUGGACAUUUGCCUUCAACAAAAGCAAAAUUUUGGAAUUGCUCCAUGACUUCAUCAACCAAUUUCUGUCAGGCGGUUAUAAUGUCUUGGUGCAGUAUUGUGAUGAUAUCGAGAAGGAACAUCAUGCAAUUCAGAACAGUGAUAUCAUUGUUUUCUUCCAGGUUGCUCAGUUCAUUACUUCUUUCCAGUAUCACAAGUUUUUGACCUCUAAGCCAACUGUGGAGCCACAAACAUGUGAAACUUCCCCUGUUAAGCAAGCUGAUGUCACCUAUUUUAAGGGUGAGAUCUGUGGACCAAUUGCUGCGUCAAUGAAUGAAUCAAUGUUUUCACUUGUUAUUUCGAGGUGGCGUAAUGCUUUUGAUGGCUUGAAGGAAACAAAUAACUAUAAGUUUUUGUCUGCAGCAAGCUCUCUCAUGAAAACCAUGAUCUACAUGCUAGAUCUGGUGCUUAAGUUAUUGCCAGAAGCUUCUAAGGAGCCUCAGACAACUCGCAUCCUUCUUUACAAGCUUUUCUAUGAUCAGACCGAACAAGGAAUGACUCAUUUCCUCUUGAACCUUAUCAAAACAUUUGACACUCAUAGACAACCCAAAAGUGAUCUUGCAGACUUGGUUGGCAUGAUAUAUGUAAUUUUAUGCCUUAUGGAGAAUCUUCAAGCACGCGAUACAUUAAGGGUUUCUAAAAAGUCAAGGGCAGGCAAAAAGAAGAGAGUACCAAUCAGCAGGGAGGAAGGUGACGAUAAACGAUCUGGAGACCAUCCUCCUACUUUAAAUGACAGCAAUAUUUUAACUACCGAACAAGCAACUGAUUUUAGCACUUCAAGGAAGGACAAGUCUGUAAAGACGACAACCGAUGGGGAGAAAAAUACAAGCAGCUCCAUUCUACCUGAUGAACCUAGAAUGUCUGCAUCAGAAGUUGGAGGCAAUUUGUUGCAGAUGGAUACCAAAAUGUCCAAUCAUAUGGAUGAUCUUUGUUGCAGCAUUUAUGAAUCUUCUAGUGACGAGCAACCUGCUGUGACUAAUGAAGUUGAUUUUAAGGUGUCUACUUUCGUUUCAGGUUUUGCAAACAGCAGCAUCAUUCAAAACCUGUGCUGGUUGCUUAAGUUUUAUAAGACCAAUUCCAUUCAAACAAAUGACUACAUCGUAGCCAUACUGCGGAGGGUAACUGAUGAGCUUGAGCUCUCUCCAAUGCUCUACCAGUUAUCUCUCCUCUUGACUUUCCACGACAUCUUGGAUGAGCAGAAAUCUUGUCCAUCCAAGGAUUAUGCGAAUAUUGUUGAUUUCCUGACAAGUUUAGUCAGAAAAAUGCUAAGAAAAAUAAGGAAUCAGCCCCUACUUUUUGUAGAAUUGCUCUUCUGGAAGACUCGGAGAGAAUGUCAUUACAUUGAUGCAGAAUAUUUGUUACAUGAACUUGGCGCUCUGAAGAGAGAUAUUAGAAAUAAAGAAGAUAUUUCAGAAAAUGGAGAAAUUAGUUCAUCACAAACCAAGGUAUGGGCUAACAGAAGCAUAGCAGACGCAUUGGGCGAGGAUGAAGCUGAUGUUAUUAUAUCUCAUGACCUUCAAAAUCAGAAUAGGGAAAGUUGUGCAGAACAUGACUCUGAGAAGGCUUGUCAAAGAAAGAGAAGACUUGUCAUCAGUGAUGAAAUGGAGACUAAAAUCAAGGACCUCUAUGAUAAGUUUAAAGAUGAUGGGAAUUGUUAUCAUCUCAUUGCUGAAUCCUUAGAUCCUGAUGGUAGAGUUUCAGCUGCUCAAGUUUCGAACAAGCUAAAGCAGUUGGGACUUGGUGUUUCCCGAAAGAAAAGGAUGCGAAAUGCUGAUGGUUAUUUUUCUGCUAAUCCUAAUCAGCAUAAGGUAGAUGGACAUAUGGUGCAAAGUGAAAGCAUCCUCCAGGACUCAAAUGUCCUAGAACGAAGUUCGUCAACACAGCCUACGCACACCAGAAAAAGAGUGAGUGCUUUCAACAAAGAUCAGGAGGCAAUGAUUAAAGAUUUGUUUGAACAGUUCAAAGAUCAGAAGAGGUGCAGCUACUUGAUUGCAAAUGCAUUGAGUGCUGACACUAAAUUCACCGCGGCCCAAGUUUCUCGUAAACUGAAGCAGCUUGGUUUACUUGUCCCUUGGAAAGGGAAAGCUAAAGCCAACAUGCAACUGAGAGAUGAAGAAGAUGGUGACUUUUAUGCAGAUAGAGGAUUCAACUCUGACGAUGAAACAUUGUUAGCCUUCAGGAACAGGGGCAAGGGCAAGAGUAGUGGUAGAUUGCCUGAUCAGGAGUUACCUAAUCCAAAUAUGGAAGAUAAAAUGACAAAUAGUUCUGAUGAUAAAACUCUAAGCUCUGUCCUCAAGAAAACGAGGAAACUCCCUUCAAAUGCUGACGAUGAGAAGCUCACAGCAAUCCCGAGAGAAAGGGAAAUUGUUAAAACAAUCUCUGGAGAUGGAUGUACUAAAGUUAAUACAGAGAGGAAUACGUCCGUUGGGACCAGCCAGAUGGAUGUCUGGGAUGCCAAGAAGAACAGGUCUUCCUUCAGUCUCAGGCAGGAAGGCAUUUCGGAAACAGAAGCUGAUAGCAGCAUCAAAACCAAUCUGCCAGUAUCAUCAUCAACAGAAAUUUUGGAACAUGAACAAUUAGAUGAUGAUGAUGAUGAUGAUGAGUUAGCAGAUUCAGGGGAUGAUCUACCCCAAAAUGAAUCAAAUCAAACUGCUGCCAUAAAUAGGAAGAAGCUUAGGUUGGUAAUUGAUUUUGAAGACGACGAUUAGGAUGUCUAAACCAAACAAGGCCGGCGAUCCACCUUCACACUUAAGGUGCUGCUCUUUUCUUGUUUCAUACAACAAUAACUUAUCGCGAAAGCUUUUUUCGUGAACUGAAUCAAAUGUAAAUGAAAAUCAGUUUGGAUCGUACUUUUUAA